CUCGACGGCAAGUACGACAGCAAGAGGGGCGACUUGAAACUAGCCGCGGGCCUCUUCAAGCCGAGCGAGACCACGAUUGCCCCCAAGGGGAGACAGGACAGUGCCGGCUGGGGCGACCUGGUAUUCGUUUUGGGAGAUAACAGAGCCAGCGUGACCAGCUUCAGCGGCCUCUUGAGCAGAUGCGACUACCAGUGCUACGACGACCGCCAGGACUACGACAUCCGCCAGAAGUGCCAGUGCUACGACUCCGUGGACAACUACGCCGCCAGGGAAUUCUGGUACCAGUUCAGGAAGGCCCAA